GUGUGACUGGCGAGGAGGGGAGGCUUGGCUGUGCGCGCAUGCGCAUGGCCUGCGAGAGGGGGAGCGUGCGGUUGAAGCGGACGCCAUCGGGACGAGGUAGCGACAAUGUUGAAGGGGUAGGCCUCGGCCUCGCCUUACACGUCACAGCGCACCCGUACACAGCAAACUGAACGGGGGACCCCUCACCGACAGCCGGGCCCGGCGGAACUUCAAAGGCACAAACGAGGAAAGAGAGAGAUCAAGAAAGAGAACAGCGAUGGACGUGGAUAUGGACUUAGAUCAGGACCUGAUGCAGAAAUUUAGCUGCAUGGGAACCACCGACAAGGAUGUGCUCAUCUCCGAGUUUCAGAGGCUGCUAGGCUUCCAGCUCAAUCCGGCCGGCUGCGCGUUCUUCCUGGACAUGACCAAUUGGAAUUUGCAGGCUGCCAUUGGUGCUUAUUAUGACUUUGAGAGCCCAAAUAUAAAUGCACCUUCUAUGUCAUUUGUAGAAGAUGUUACAAUAGGAGAAGGAGAGUCUGUUCCACCUGACACCCAGUUCACCAAAACAUGGAGGAUACAGAACACAGGCACAGAACAAUGGCCACCUGGUGUGUCCUUAAAAUACGUGGGAGGUGAUCAGUUUGGGCACGUUAACAUGGUGAUGGUCCGGUCACUGGAACCUCAGGAAGUUACUGAUGUCAGCGUUCAGAUGCGAAGUCCGACAACGCCAGCAAUGUACCAAGGACAGUGGCGUAUGUGUACUGCUACUGGACUUUACUUUGGAGAUGUGAUUUGGGUGAUUCUGAGUGUUGAAAUCGGAGGCCUUUUAGGAGUUACGCAGCAGCUUUCUUCAUUUGAAACAGAAUUUUCUUCACAACCCUGUCGCAAGAUUGAAGGCAAUUUUAACCCUUUCGCUUCACCACAGAAAAACCGGCAAUCUGAAGACAACAAUGUGAAGGACCCCGGGGGCCAAAGUACAAAUCCCAUUAGUAAAAAUUCAUGGGGCCCAACUGAAGACCAAAAUGAACAAGAUCAAAAUGGACUGUCGCAGAACUCUGUAAAUAUCUCCCCUAACAGUCACUCUAGCAACUUAUCUGUGGUGACUUACAGUCAGAUUGAACCCAGCUGCAAGACCAUGGAUGUUACCUAUGCCCAGUGUGCCAAUGGCGUGCUGGAGGAGGAACUGGAAAGUGAACCAAGUGAUGUAGAUUGCAAAUCUUUGAAAAACUAAACAUUUAACCCAGCGCUUGGCGAUGUUUGUUGAGCACAGACACAAACCUGGAUCCUACACCUGUUUGGCAAAAUGCAUUAGUAUUAAAGCAACAUCAGUCAACUCUGUCUUGCCUAUUUCUGUACAAUAAGCUACAUGAAACCUUCAAGAACAUAAAGCAUGGAAUAAACAAAUAUUGUAUUGCCUAUCAAUUUUGUUCUACAUGACAUUUGUACAGAGAUCUAAAAUGGUAUGGAUUCUUCCAAGAAGAAACUAUUGAGGUUAGCAUUGAGUAUGAAGUUGAGGAACAGGAAAUAAAAACGUGAAUUUGAAAAGAGGAAAGCAUUUAGGGUCCAAAAAUGUAGAGUGGCAAAGAAUUGGAAAAGUGGGAAUGAAGGAAAUGGGUGAGACUUAUGGAGGAAGAGCUAAACAGUGGAGUUAAAGACUGAAAUAAAUGUGGAAAAUGGCAGGCAAUGAAAUACACAUUGGAUAUUCCUUUAACUUAAUAUGUUGAAACAUUGCACAUACAUCUUCCGUCGGAUGAUUCAACAGUGAAUACCACUGACCUUUAUAUCUAUUACAUUAUUAGCUGUUAUGAAUAUAAUACAUUUGUGGAAUUUGAAUAAACACUAUUAUUUGUUAAAUCUGUUUGAAGAUCAAAUCUGAUGCCAGACAGGAAUGUUAAAUAUGAAAGUAAAAGUGGGUAGAUUCUAUAGCUUUGAUAUGCUUGAUCCAAGUACCAAUUGUAAUUGCCUUGUAAAUCAGACCAAAUAGACAUCCAUUGAUGAUCCUAGGACAGAUCAUAGAUUAGAUGAUCAUAGACUUUCCACCCUUUUCAACUUCACCUCUGGUUCUACUGUAAGAAAGAUGCACCCAUUAUUCCCACAUUUUUUGUGUAUGUCUAUGAUCAAAUAUCUUACACUCCUAUAACAUCAUUGAAUUGCGUGGAUCUUAAUGCAAUUUCCAUCAUUAACUUUCUCAGCGCCAUUACAUUAUGCAACAACAUAGCUGUGUGUCCAUCAAGCAAUAGUGAUCCCAGAAUAUACUGCAGAGAGAAAAUCACCAAUAACUGAAAAACUGGCCUUACCUCCUUUCUACUCUCAAUGUAGGAGGCUUGAAUCUAAGUUGCUAUUGUUCCCAGAUUUCAUUGCCUUUAACCAACAAUAAUCUUUUGUGGUAACUUGUCAGAGGCUUCUGAAUGUGUACAAUUCAUCCAGUACAGUUACCCGAUCUACUAUGUUUAAUUUGAAGAACUCCAUGAAGCUUGUAGCAUGCUCUCUGAAAUCAAUGUUCAUGGUUCCUAAUUCAUUCAUCUUUAAGGCUUCCAUUUUUUUUGUUUCUUACCACAGACAUUAAACUGAUGAGUCUGACUUUGGAUAAAUGUAGUCUCUACUUUUGAAAAUACAUAUUGUAUGGGUCACUGUUCUGUUAUGUUACAGAUCAUAUCCAAUGGAAUUCUGUAUAUAAUCAAUAAGACCACUGAUUUGUUUGCUAUUUUCCCUUAGGAUCAGAACUAGGAUGGCUGUAUUCACACAGUGAGCGUCAUGUUUUGUAAUCGCCAUACUUUCAUGCUUAUUAUAAUAUGAAUACAGAAUUUAUCUAUCCUACAAAGCCAUCUUUUGUCCACACUGAAGUAUGUGGUUAAAUUUCCAUCAACCCUCUUCUGAAACACUGUUUUCACCUCUUGAUGUUCAACCUCAUUCAAUGAUUCAUUUGCUUGUAUGAUUGUAAAAAAUGGUGUGUUUUAAUACUGAGAUUAUCUUGUCAGUCUCCCACCAUGUUUUCCUGAUCUCUCCCAUAACUAACUUGGCUUAGUUUCACUAUUGCUGUAUAUAUUCCAUCGUGACUUUUAAAUUCGAACAUCUCACUACAAGUUUUGAAUCAAUAAAGUGCUCUUUUAAUACUGUUGGGUUAUUCUGCAGUUUUCCAAUCUCCUAAAGAAACAGCUAACAGUCUCUGUGACUUAAUAGCUCAGGAUGUAUCUUUUUAAUCUUUGAUCAUGGACACUAGUGACCUGGAACAUUUUGGUAGUGUUGUAGAGGGGAAGCAGCAUUUGAAAAUUCCAUUUCCAUGUAUUCCUUCCUUGCUCGAAACAGACUCUUACUGUGUUCCUCCUAAUAAUGUAGUAAACCAAUAUCUGUUUGUUUUCUGAGAUAGUAGGGACUGCUGAUGCUGGAGAAUCUGAGAUAACAAGGUGUAGAGCUGGAUGAACACAGCAGGCCAAGCCGCAUCAGAGGAGCAGGAAAACUUCUUCAUUUUUUCUGAAGGGUUCAGACCUGAAACGUCAGCUUUCCUGCUCUUCUGUUUGUUUAUUCUUUUAUUUUAUAUCAGAAGUCAAAUAUAUAUUGAAAAAAUAACUGUGGAAUUAUUUUAAAUUAUUCCAGUUUUCCUGUGUUGAAACCAACGUCUUAUACUUUGAUUAAAAAAGCCAUUGAAAUGUGGAUGUUGGAAAACUGAAACAAAAACAGUGCUGGAGAAAUUCAACUUCAAAGGUCACUAGAUUUGCAAUGUUAACUUCUAAAUCGUCAUCUACAGAUGAUGCCAGACUGCUGAGUUUCUCUGGCAGUUUCUGUUUUUGUGCUUUGUAGCUCAAUAAUUUAUAUUUCCUCCUCUAUUCUAAAUACACUUUUAAAUUUGUACAUUUGCCUUUUUCAUUUCUAGCCAUUGAACUUGCUCUGAUUUGUUUUUGCUUUCCCUAACCCGACAUCUUGAACACAAAUGGUUUUCAUUGCUGUAAUUAUUAGCAUUCAUCAUUCAUUUGCUCUGGCUUGGAGGCAGUACAUCCUCCUGCGAUUGGAUCUACCUUCUCCACAAUUGAUGCCAAUGCCAUAUCUCCUCCUCUUGAGUAAUGACGCUCAAAUUACAUGCUAAUAUUGAACAUGUUUUACAGAACAUGAUCAGCCAUGCAAUUUUAAUUUUUGAAGUGCAAAUGGAUGACCUUUUAAGUGCCAAUGUCUUACUGCACUUGUAUUUUGUUGGUUUGAGGUUUGUAUUUCAAUUUAGUCAUGAUGGAAGAUCCAAAACAGUAAUAAUUAUUAUAAAUAUAUUGGUUUUUGUCUUCCAUAACUUCCGCACCCAAUAAUAUCAAAAUCCAAUGAAUUUUACUUGUUGACAUUUUUGGUUCAAACUUUGGACAUGGUUCUACAUAUGGAUAUGUUUGUUAACACUACGUUCAAUUUUCACUUCAAUAGGUCAUAAACAUUAAUAUAAUUUUUUUUGAUAAGAAAAAUGUGACAACUACACACAUCAUAUAAUAAUGGAAGUUUGUAAUUAACUGACAGCCAACAGA